AGGGGGAGCGGCACCACUCUGCAUGUUGAACGUCUCUCCCCCCCACCACCAAGCCCUCUCACGGUGGUUCCCCUCCCUCUGAAGUCCCCUCUCAGCAUCUCCCUCCUCCUCCUCCUGUCUCCCUCCUCCUCCUCCUGUCUCCCUCCCUCCCCCCAAGGCACCACCACCAGCGGCGGCAGAAGCGGCAGCGGAAUCACUAAAGCGAGUCCGCGGACGGAAAGGAUCCACACAUACGUAUUGGGCAAUAUUAACAACGACGAGAGCGACGGUAGGGGCUGAUAAAGCACCGAAGGUUGGUGGUGGUGGUGGUUGUUGUUGGGAAUUACUCGAGGGAGGGUAGAAGGAGGCUCAAUGCGAAGCGGAGGAGGACGACGACGAUGAUGAUGCUGCUGCUUGCCGCUGCCGAGUCUUCGAACAUUCAGGGGAAACCACGCGGCCAGCCCGAGUCUUCUUCGCACAGCAGGCAGGCAGGCGAGCAGGCGAGAGUCAAAUAAAAAGACACUUCAAGCGCCGUCUCGCGUUGGGUGGUGGUGGUGGUGGGGGGGUGGUAGGAAAAUAAAACUACGAGGAGGAAGGAGUCGCAAACCCCGCCGAGGGAACACGGCGAAGAAGGUUCGGGGUGGGGGGGUGGUGUUGGUGGUGGCAGAGUCGAGAGACGCCGCUGAAUAUGGCGGCUCCGGCUGCGGGAGUCUCCGCGGCUGCUCUCGUGACACCGCGGGCCUGGCGCAGGGGGCCGGCGGCGGCGGCGGCGUCCCGCGCCUUCGGAUCUGCGGGAGGCGAAGGUCGUGACGCCGGGUCUCUCCGAAGCCCACCGGGAAGAGGAGGCGGUGAUGGAGGAGGCGGUCGUGAUGGUCGUGGCCCCCCAAGUGCAGCUCGGCCGGGAGAAGCUCCACCGGCGGUUGUAGGUGGACGUGUUGGCGGUGCGCGUCGAGCAGGUCCUCUCGUCGUCGCCGGAGGUCUACCGCUACUCGGCGGUGGACGAAGCCGCGGCGGUGCCGGCGCAAGGAGAAGCCCUGCGGGUUGCGGCCACGUCCUGUGCCGCUACGCCGCAGCCUACACCGCGCUGUGCGCCCUCCUCUGCUGCUGGGCGGGAGCCGAGGCCGGCCCGGCCGAGUGCGAUCGCUGGACGUGUGUCAACGGGCGAUGCGCCGACUCCUCCUCGUCGUCGUCCUCCUCGUCCUCCUCCUCCUCGACCUCCUCAUCGCCCACGGGAGAGCAGCAGCAGCAGCCCCAGUGCGUGUGCGACCAGGGCUGGAUGGGCGAGCUGUGCCAACACUGCGGAGGCCGCUUCAAGUUAACGGAGCCUGUUGGGGUCAUCACUGAUGGUCCCAGCAACUACAAAUAUAAAACCAAGUGCUCGUGGCUCAUCCAGGGAGCUAAGAAUGUGGAGCUACGGCUGCGAUUCAACCACUUCGCCACCGAGUGCAGCUGGGACCACAUGUACGUGUUCGACGGGGACUCCAUUUACGCUCCGCUGCUGGCUGUCUUCAGCGGACUCAUCGUGCCGGAGAACCGGGCCAACGAGAGCAUCCCCGAGGUGGUGGCGCGCUCCGGAAGCGCCUUCCUUCAUUUCUUCAGCGACGCGGCCUACAACCUCACGGGAUUCAACAUCUCGUACAGCUUUAACUCGUGCCCAAACAACUGCUCGGGGCAUGGGCGGUGCAACAGCUCGGGCGGUGCGCACUGCGUGUGUGACGAGUUCUGGAAGGGCGGAGCGUGCGACGUCCCCUACUGCGGCGACAACUGCGGCAGCCCCGUGCGCGGAUUCUGCGACCUGCCGGGCAAGAAGUGCUGCAUGUGCAACAGCAGCUGGCAGGGACCCGACUGUUCGGUGACGGUGCCCGCCAACGAGUCGUACUGGAUGCUCCUGGACGAUGAGUACUCGGGUAUCGCGCGAGCAUCGCACAAGGCCGUUGUGCACAAUGGCAGCAUGUGGAUCGUGGGUGGCUACGCGUUCAACUACUCGGGCUUCCCCAUGGUGCUCAGUUAUGAUUUGAAGACGAACACGUGGCCAGCACUGAAGCGCAUCGAGAUCCCAUUUUAUCCACGCUACGGCCAUUCCCUCUCUCUGCACGGGGACAACUUGUACAUGUACGGCGGCAAGAUCGAGACGCCGGGCGGCAGCGUGACGGACGAGUUGUGGGUGUUCCACGUGCCGAACCAGACGUGGUCGCACCAGGUGCCCUUGCCCGGCACCCCGCGCGGCCAGUUUGCCGCCGUGGGCCACUCGGCGCACGUGGCCACGCUGGACACCGGCGAGGUCGUCAUGUUCGUGUUCUUUGGGCACAAUCCCACCUACGGGUACCUGAGCAAGGUCCAGGAGUACAACAUCAAAACGAACUCGUGGCGCAUCCCUGACACCAACGGGGCGCUGGUACUGGGGGGCUACGGCCAGAGCAGCGUGUACGACUCCCUCGGCCGGGCCGUGUUUGUGCACGGCGGCUUCAAGGCCUUCAGCAUGAACCGCAACAGCCUGACGGACGACCUGUACCGCUUCGACGUCAACACGCGCACCUGGACCAUCCUCACGAGCAGCGGCCUCUGCCGCUACCUGCACUCGGCGGUGAUCAUCAGCGGCACCAUGUUGGUGUACGGCGGCAACACGCACAACGACACGUCCGUCAGCACUGGCACCAAGUGCUUCUCCUCCGACUUCAUGGCCUACGACAUCGCUUGUGACGAGUGGUCGGUGCUCCCCAAGCCUGACUUGCACACGGAUACGGACCGCUUUGGCCACACCGCUGUGGCUCACAACGGCUCCAUGUACAUAUUCGGCGGCUUCGACAGCCUGCUGCUGCAGGACCUGCUGGUGUACACGCCGCUCAGCUGCGAGGUGUUCUCGGAGCGCGAGCGCUGCGAGGGCGCGCGGCCCGGCCUGCGCUGCGUGUGGAACAGCACGCGCUGCCUGCCUGUAGGCUCCGAGUACGGCAUCGGCACCCACAACGUCACCUGUCCCCAGAAACGAGCCGCCACUGAAAAGGUGUGCAGCAUGUUCAAGGAUUGCGGAAGCUGCACCUCCAACUUGGCCAGCUGCCAGUGGUGCAGUGGUUCCUGCACGCCCUUAGAGUCCAACUGCACAGUGGAGCCGGUGAUCAACUUCAGCCAGUGCCAGGUCCGAGCUGAGGACACCUGUGCCAAACUCCCCAGCUGCCUGGGCUGUGUCAACGACUCCAUCUGUCAGUGGGAGAGCAAGAACCAGCAUUGCAUGGCUGUGCCAGACCACAUGUGCGGGGACGGCUGGGACCGCGUGGCUGAGUCCUGCUACAAGAUCAACACGAGCGUGGUGAACUAUGACAACGCGCGCAUGGACUGCAUUAGUCACAACGGCAUCCCCGCCUCGCUCACCACCGCCAAGGAAGUGGAGCACGUGCUGGCCAAGCUGGCCCUCAUGACCAACGAGCUGAUGCCAUGGGUCGGCUUGCGUGGCCUCAACGUGUCGCACUGGCGCUGGGAGGACGGCGCCGCCUUCACCAACUCCACGCUGGUGUGGGAGGCUAACGAGCCGAGUGGCUCGGGGUUCUGCGCCGUGCUGUCGCCCCCCAGCCAGGCGGGCCGCCUCAAGGCCUACACGUGCACGGAGUUGACCCGCGGCAGCGUUUGCGAGAAGCCCGUCGUGAACCCGAACCAGAACGCGCGUCAGUGCCGCAUGCCGUGCGCGGCGCGGCGUACCUGCGCCGAGUGCGCCAGCGGCAGCACCGACUGCAUGUGGUGCAGCAACGCCAAGCGCUGCGUGGACGCCAACGCCUACGUGCCCUCCUUCCCCUACGGCCAGUGCAUGGAGUGGCACACGAUGAACGCCUGCCCACCGGAGAACUGCUCCGGCUACCGCACGUGCGCCGGUUGCAUGGAGCAGCCAGGCUGCGGCUGGUGCAACGAUCCCAGCGACACGGGCAAGGGCCAGUGCAUGGAGGGCUCGGCAACGGCACCCGUCACCGUCAACGGCACGCGGGCCACGCUCAACACCAGCAUGUGUCGGGAGGACCGUUCAUUCACAUGGAAUUUCAUCACCUGCCCAGACUGCCAGUGCAACGGACACAGCACGUGCGUCAACGCGACGGUGUGUGAGCAUUGCAGCGACCUCACGAUGGGCAAGCACUGUGAGACCUGCUCGCCCGGAUACUACGGGGACCCCACCAACGGCGGCUCCUGCCAAGGGUGCAAAUGCAACCACCAUGCCACGGACUGCAACGCGCAAACGGGCAAAUGCUACUGCACCACCAAAGGCAUAAAGGGAGACCAAUGCCAGCUGUGUGACAUAGACAAUCGGUAUCUGGGAAAUCCUCUGAAGGGCACCUGCUACUACAGCCUGCUGAUUGACUAUCAGUUCACAUUCAGCCUAUCGCUGGAGGACGACAAACAUUACACCUCCAUCAACUUCAUGGCCACGCCGGAGGAGUCAAACCGAGACCUCGACAUGUUCAUCAACACAUCCAAGAACGUGAACCUCAAUAUCACUUGGUCUUCCGGCUCCACAGCGGGCACAAUGAUGGGCGAAGAGGUGCUCAUCGUUUCGAAGGCUCAGAUCCGUGAAUACAAAAGCUCCUUUUCAAACGAGAAGUUUGACUUUCGAGGAAACCCCAACAUCACCUUCUACGUCUACGUCAGCAACUUCACGUGGCCCGUCAAGAUACAGAUUGCCUUUUCGCAGCACAGCAACUUUAUGGACCUGGUGCAGUUUUUCAUCACAUUUUUCAGUUGUUUCCUUUCUCUCCUGUUGGUGGCGGCCGUCGUUUGGAAAAUCAAGCAGAGCUGCUGGGCCACGAGGCGUAGAGAGCAACUAAUGCGGGAGAUGCAGCAGAUGGCGAGCCGGCCAUUUGCCAGCGUGGACGUGGCUCUUGAGAGCGAGGAGGAGCCACCCGACCUCAUCGGAGGCAGCAUCAAGCGCUCGCCGAGGAAUUUGUCAAACGUCCCAAUGCAGACCAUACCGCAGCCAAUUGCGAUGGAGCCAUGCGCAGGGAACCGUGCGGCCAUAUACUCAGUGCUGGUGAGACUGCCCCGGGGUUUGAACGCCUGCCCACCGCCCGGACAGUCAGGUCUUGCCUUGGCGAGCGCGCUGGUGGAUAUCUCACACUACAAGCCCAGUGAAUCCAAGGAGAAGGCAGCAGCUGUUCGGAACCGCAAGCACCACCCGCCCGCCCAACCCGGAACUUGUGUAUGAAGCAGGCCAGACGGCUUGCCCUUGGGCCCACCAUCCAGCCCACCGUGCAAUCGACAAGCCAGCCAGCCGAAAAAAGAAACAGCCAGUGGCAUGGCCAACCUGCCACUCAGCCUGCCACCCAUCGAGGCUACUUGCCCGGUCUUUCGUCAGCUUUGAGUCUAGGGCAGCUGGACAAAGCGUGGGUGUGGAUGGAUGGACGGGAAGAGAGCAGUGAUGGAGAUUGGUUUGAGGGUUUGGUUGAGCAGCAAAGGAAGUCCUGUCCGUUAUUCCAGUGAAUGUGUUUUAGAGAUUAAUUAGAGCGGCGGUGUAAAAUACAUGCAAUUGUGCGCGCUCGGUUUGGGAUUUAAGCCUCGGUGUCUGUCCCACAGUGUGUUUCAUUGAUUUUUUUCACAAGUCACCGAGUAUUGUUUCGUCACUUUACAAAGACCAAUUACCGUCUGCGUUGCGAGUGUGCGUAUGCGGGCAUGCUUGUGGCGUGUGUAUAUGUGUGUGCGCGCACACGUGUGUGAACUUGCGCGCGUGCAAGCUUUGCGUGCUCUGCCAUGCAUACUUCACGCGUGUGCACAUCUACUGCACGUGCUUUUGGCUGGCGAGUAGACUGGUUUAUUUGUUUACGGAUUGCUGACCUUACUAGUUCCCUUACGCUCAUUUAUAGAAUUAGUCUUAGAAAGCAAAGAUUUGAUUUUAACAAAUUAAAAGGACAUCGAGCUAACUUCCUUUCGCGAGAGCUGAAAUAACCUUUAGGUUUCACGAGUAAUUUUUGUUAAUUACCUACCUUGUAACAAAAUGGUGUACAGAAAGGAAUAUUCAUGAACGUACUACUAAUAAUAAUACUAUAUUCCACGCAGAAUCGUGUUAAUAGUCUUCACUCUAGACUGGUUCUUAAUAGUGGCUGAGUUUCUUUAAUGAUGAUGAGCUUCACAGUGAUGUGGCCCUAAUUAGGGGUAAUUACAGGAGGUGGAGGAAUAUUCUUCUUUCCACAUUGCUCAUGAGCAUUUGAGCUCAUUUAGCAAGCGAGGAAGGGGGACGGGGAGAUGAGGGGUGCCGGUGUGUACCCACGAGAACAAAUCGCUACUUUUUAUUUUUAUAUUGUCAUUCACAUUGUGCUUAUAAGCCUGGAAGUCCAAACGUUAACCUUCUGAAUUAAUGUAAGACUCCUAAGAGGUACUUUCAACUUAGAUUUCUCGUUCUUUUUUCACUUUCUGGCAAGUUAUCGUUCCUAGCUUAUGUUCCUUUAUUUAGUUAACACGCUGUCAACCCAAACUCGAAGCAGAAAAGACGUGGGACUGAAGAGACAUUCCUUAUUUGAAAUGAAUGCUAAUUUUUACACGUGCGGUUUUUUUUUUUGCUCUAUUUAUUUUCGCGCAAGAGGAGUCUUGCGGUCGCUGUUUCUCGCUCGGUCUCUCAACAACAGGAAAAGGAGAGAGACCCGGAGUGCGUUUCACGUCUCGUCGAAACGAAACCAAGUACCGUCGUGAAAACCAGAAGCCUGCCCACCCACCCCCCCCCCCUUUGUCAGUCACGAUGUCGUCUGCCACACUGUGUAUGGUAGUCAAAUGCCCGAUAUGCAAUGAAUUGUAAUAUAAACACCGCACACAUGAAAUGUACAAUAUCGUAUGGCAGUAACUUGAGUUGUCUGUAAGCGGCCGCCACUUUGUGUGUGCGCGCUUUAGCCCUUUGGGAACGACGUGGGCACCGUUGCAUUUAUGUUUUGCUUGGAUCGAAACUCUGUCUUGUAUAAAAAUAAAAUGGGGAGGGGGGGAAGUGAGAAGAAUAAAAGAAAAAGCUACAAAAAAAGAAUAAAACUCAAAAAAUCCUGCGGGGGCAAGGGAGGGAAUGAAAGAAAAGCAAGAGAAAUAUUACAACACAAAUUACCGAGCAAUAUAUCUGCAUAACUAUAGAGAGAGAGAGAACAACUUUCUAUGUCUGCAUGCAUCACAGUUGUGCUCUUCCCCACCCACCACCACCACCACCCCGGGCAAGAAAUACACAAGGCUGUGUGUGUGUGAUCUUUAUCAACAACAAAAAAGAAACAAAUGAAGACUGUUUCUCGCAUUAGAUAUGAUGACAUAUCUGUAAAAUGUUAGCAAAUGUAUUAAACAGAAAAAAAGAUUUAAAAAAAUAGUUUUUUGAUUAUGUUUACUGUAAAUAUGUGCUGUUGUUGACGCCAACUGGCAGAUUGCAGAGUCGUGAGAGAGAAAAACAACUCCCAAGUAUUGCGCUAUCAAGAAUUCGUGUGCCCCGAUUACUGCGGAUUUGGGGGUUGAAUGCGAGGCCCGAGAGAGCGCCGCUCCCCUCUGACUCUCGCUGCCCCACGACCCUGAACCCCCUUUCGGUACGACGACGAAGAGAGAGAGAGAGUGAUGGCACAGUGGUUGUUAUACUCACACGCACGCGCGCACAUUCGCUUUGAACCCGUCUGUCCGCAGCAUGUCCGGCGCAGACACCUUCGGCCUCGGCUGUAAGCGAACGAGGUGGAGGCGUCACGGAUACAUCACGAACUAAUCGCUGUGCUCAAAAGCAAAAGACAAAUGUCAGGGUGGCGAUGAUGAUGAUGAUGACGACGACGGUGAAAAAUGAUUACGACGUGUAAUGUGAUUAGUUGCAUUGUGCUAAACGACAACAUUUUUGCUGUAUUUCUAUUUGCUGAACAACAUGUUGAACUCACUUCGAAUAACUUAGAGCAAGUGAAUGCAGUACACAGACUAUUGUAAUCAAGCACGUAUCUCUGGUUCCCGACUCGGUCGACUACGAUUGAACAAAAUAUUAGUUAAAAAAAAGAAUGAAAUAAAUUAAAUAUAUUGUAGGCCUUGGCUUAUCAGCCUUUUAUUUUAAAUGUGCAGUGUUUCGUGGAAAAGUUGUGGCAUGGAACGUAUAAGCCGUAUAAAUGUCAGUCGUAUUACUUGGCAAAGAAUAAACAAGGAGCCCACAUGUGUAAUGUGUUUUUAUUUUACUUUGGGUUUUUUUUGUAAUGUUGAGGUAAUUAAAUCUGCUUUUUGAUGUUUUUUUUUCCCCCUCUUGAAUUGGGCUGUUGAAUAGAACAGCUAUUACCAAUAACACCCCAGGGUUUAAUAACCAUUUGCAAUCUGUACAAAUUUUAAUCUUUGUAUAUAGCUCGAUGUUUGUAAUGAUUUAUUGGGGGGGGCGGGGAGGAUAAAAAAACAACUGAAAUUUAUACACAUUCCAGAAUAUAGACAGAAGAAUGAGGAAAAAUACAUAAUAAACCUAAUCACAGAUCACCUAUUCUCAAAUCUUUACCUUAUGCUGUCUCCGAGUUGAAGAUAUCCAUGUACUGUCACGGUGUGUGUACAUAACAAAUGUUUACCGUCUUGUCAGAAUUCACACUCGCAUCCCGCGCUAGAAAACAAAUUGUCUUGUUUUUGAUUGGUAAUUGUAAUUAUCAUUAUGAACGACUUUCUGUUAAAACUGUACAUUUUAGAGGUUUCUAAUUAAAUUAAAUUGGAAUUGUACUUUAA